AUGAAACUACCGACAUUUACUGUUGUCAGCGAGAUGAUUAUUUAUAUCAGAUAUCUAAAGGAUGGGGUUAGCAAGACAGACUUUAUAAGUAUCCUCCCUCUCCCUGGCGGAAAAGCUGAUACUAUCACUGAGACACUAGGGACGUUCCUCACAGAAGACCUGGGUCUCCAACUUGAAAAGAUGUGUGCCUUGGGAAGUGAUGGUGCGAAGGUGAUGGUCGGAAGACAGAAUGGUGUGGCUGCCCAAUUGAGACGAAGAGUCCCCCACCUAGUCAACAACCACUGUGUAGCCCACAGACUGGCUUUAGCUGUUGGACAGGCAGCCAAAGGAGUGCCUUAUCUUCAGAAGUUCAAAGACAUUAUUGGAACUUCUCCAGGACCCAAGUUGAAGUUAGUGGAGGCAAAAGAUGUCAGAUGGUUGUCUCAUGACAAGGCCACUACAACUCUACGGAAGUGCCUGCCAUCCAUUUACACUAGCCUUGAGCGUGAGGCCGAGGAACGCAAUGACGCCAGAGCUGCCGGACUGUCUGUUUUUACACAGGACUACCGUUUCGUUCUGGCAAUUCACAUGAUCUGUGAUGUUUUACCCCAUCUGACAGCAUUGUCUUGUGCCAUGCAGAAAAGGGACGCUGUAUAUGUGACAAUUAAGCCUCUUGUCAAUGGAACUAUCUCCAUCAUCCAAGGAAUGAAAUCCCAGUCGGCUGACAAUUACAAAGAAGCUCCUGCCAGGGGUACCCAGCUUAUUGACGAUGGAUUCCGAAUAAAGUCUCCUUCCGAGGAACAGCUGACAGCAUUUCAUGAAAAGAUCUACCUGCCAUUCCUGGACAACCUUCUACAAAAUCUUGAGGACAGGUUCCCUGAUCUACCUCUCUUAGAGAAGUUUGGGGCAUUUUCUGUAGGCAGUUCUGAAGAUGACAACCAUCAGGACAUACAGGAGCUGGCCAGGCACUUUGGUGUUGAUAUGGAGCAGUGCCGCAGCAACUGGCACCAGGUACGUGCCAGUCUAGAGGGACUGAUCAGUCAGCCGACCAGACCAUGACCUGGAUUACUGGCAACCUUUCAACCAGUCAUCCAGCUCUUUACAGAAUUGCUGCGUGGGUCUCCUCCUCCCAACCUCUACUGCAGAUUGUGAGCGAGGAUUCAGCUGCCUGAAGAGAGUAAAGACGGAAAACAGGAAUCGUCUGUCUGUUAAAGUUCUUAACUCUCUUCUUGCCGUCUCCCUUCAAGGACCUCCAUUAGAAUCCUUCAAUUUUGAGAAGGCAGUCAAGGCAUGGAAGGACAACAAACCCAGAAGACAGGCCCACUUUUAAUGAAGAGAAAAUCAACUAAAAUUGGGACACACACUGACACAUACAUAUAAAUGUUGAGGACAUGUUGUGAACUUGUGUUAAACUGUUUAUAUUAUAAUUGUUUAUUUGUUUGAAUUGUUGGAUAUUGAAAAAAAUAAAAAAGGAAAAUAAAGAAAAUGUUUAUCAAGUGAAAAGCUUUCAUUUUUUGUUUUAAAACAGCCCACAGCAGUAUCUUGACACCUAAAAUGGCAAAAAAAUUUCGACACGCGGUAUGGGGGUCGAGACCCCCUCCCGCACCCACCCCCGUCUGGUUCAAA